ACUGAAACACAUUAUGAGCUGUCAUUCACUCACAGUUCCAUUUUCUUGCCUCUUCAUUGUACACUAGUACUAGUAGCUAUUCCUCUCUCUCACACACACAAAUAUUUUCUUUGUUUUGGUUCCCAAAAUUUACCUUUUUCGUAUGCAUUCUUGCAUUCUUGAUUCUUAUCCUUUUGUGUGUGUGUUUUUUUGGUUUUCCGAAAAGAUAGUUUCUUGAUUUUCUCAAACACGUCUUCUUCCAAAACCCAAAGUUAAAUACUUUAUUCUUUAAAAACCCAAGAUCCCCAUCUUCUCUGAAUUAUAAAUUAAUAAUAAUAAUAAAAAGAAUACUUUAUAAUCUUUCUUUGUUUUUUUCUUUUUUUACAAAUAUGGAUGCUUCACAGAAAACUAUUCUUGUUACUGGUGGUGCUGGGUUCAUUGGUACUCAUACAGUGGUACAGCUACUCAAUGAAGGUUUUAAAGUGUCAAUUAUUGACAAUCUUGAUAACUCUGUUAUUGAGGCUAUUGAUAGGGUUAAGGAAUUAGUGGGUCCUGAGCUCUCUAAGAAACUCCAGUUCAACUUGGGUGAUUUGAGGAACAGGGAUGACUUGGAUAAGCUUUUCUCUAAGACAAAGUUUGAUGCUGUCAUCCAUUUUGCUGGCCUUAAGGCUGUUGGGGAGAGUGUCGGUAACCCUCGUCGGUAUUUUGACAAUAAUUUGAUUGGCACUAUCAAUCUGUAUGAGAUCAUGGCCAAAUAUAAUUGCAAAAAGAUGGUAUUCUCAUCUUCCGCAACUGUGUAUGGCCAACCCGAGAAAAUACCAUGUGUUGAGGAUUUUGAGUUGAAGGCCAUGAAUCCUUAUGGACGGACCAAGCUUUUCCUUGAGGAAAUUGCACGAGAUAUUCAGAAGGCUGAACCAGAUUGGCGUAUCAUUUUACUGCGUUACUUCAAUCCUGUUGGUGCUCAUGAGAGUGGUAAAAUUGGAGAAGAUCCAAAAGGCAUCCCGAAUAACCUCAUGCCUUACAUACAACAAGUGGCUGUAGGCAGAUUACCUGAACUUAAUGUAUAUGGUCAUGAUUAUCCAACCAAGGAUGGCAGCGCGAUCCGAGACUACAUCCAUGUUAUGGACUUAGCUGAUGGCCAUACUGCCGCACUUAGGAAACUUUUUACCACAGAGAGUAUAGGUUGUGUUGCCUACAACUUGGGAACUGAAUGUGGUACAUCUGUGCUCGAAAUGGUUGCAGCUUUCGAAAAAGCUUCCGGAAAGAAAAUCCCCAUUAAACUAUGCCCAAGAAGACCUGGAGAUGCUACUGCCGUUUAUGCUUCUACCGAGAAAGCUCAAAGGGAACUUGGCUGGAAGGCAAAAUAUGGUGUAGCUGAGAUGUGUAGGGAUCAAUGGAAGUGGGCGAGCAGCAAUCCAUGGGGAUACCAGUCAAAAAAGCCUUAAAAGCUUUGCUUAAGAUUUUCUCAUGUUACAUCAACAUCAACAUGUUUAAGCAAAAGUUACCCCCUUAGUGUUCAAACAACUUAUAGAUUUCUUAUGUGUUAAUUGUCAAUUUGAGUUGAUGUUUUUAUUUAAAGUAAUUACAUAUAUUUAUAUAAAUUUUAGCACGUUGAUAAUUCUUAUUUAUUCACAUUUUUAUAUGAUUAUUUAUUUGAUUCA